CCCCGAACCAAAUCAAACCUACAUAUUGCUUGACGGAAAUACCCUGGUUUUAUUAGGACGCUUGCUGAAUAGGUACAGCGCCACGUUUGAAGGCGCCCCAAUUGGCGAUUUCGCUAUCAACGUCAGCCGCAGAAGACCCUGCAGCGCUUAGGUACACAGCCCCCUUUCAUACCAAGAUAACAUUGCUACGCGAACGAAUAGCUUAGAAACAGUUGGCGUCAGUUCUCAUUUAAAGCCAAUUUUUACCUAAAGCAAUUAAAGUCGUGUACGCGUGCGGAUAUGUCUGGUGAGCUAGCACUGGCCGUCCUGGGGUUGGUCGAAGGUUCUAUUAAGUUGGUGCGCAAGAUCAAAUCAACAUGCCAGUCGUACCGGGAGGCCGACGAAGGGGUAAAAGAAAGAUUUGUGCUUCUCGAGUCUCUUUGGAUCAAGGUUGAGAUGCAAUUAGAAUUCUUGGCUAAGAUAUCUAGCCACCUCACUGAUGACUUGGUGCAAAGUCAACUUAACCUCCUUCAAAGACUCAAGGGAAGACUAGCGCAAGCUGCGUCGCAGCUCGAAGCUGUUGACCCGAGGAGUAUUGAAAAUAAGGGGAAGGCGGCUGAUGUUCUGCGGAAGUGGAAGUUUGCACUUGUCAAGAGCAGUCUCGAUGAGCUUAUGGGCGAGCUGGAGGCUUGGCAGCAACGAUUCGAUCCAUCCUGGUAUCUCAUGAUUCUUAUCAGCGGCAAGGUUUUGGACAACGCGCUCGUCGAGUCAGCUGACAGUGAUUUGGCACAAUCGGAUCUAGAUUCAAACCCCUUAAACAAGAUGCUCGCUAUCCGCUCAACUUUAAACCCGGGUUUGAAACCACAGAGCAAGACACACGUCAAUCUCAGUCACGAUGGGCUCAAAGGAGCACAAGAGUCAGCCAUUUCGUUUUCAGCGGCCAGAACAGUUGUGAGAGCUGGGUCGACUAACUUGCUGGUUGUGGAACGGGUAUCAUGUCCUUCUGGAAUGACAUCCCAAAUGAAGAUUGAUGUCGGAAACCUAGCUAAGAAGCUCCAAAACGUGGAUCCUACCACAUUCGGGCUCCUCCGUUGUAAAGGAAUCCUUAAGCACCACGACGCUUUGAACAAGUUAUCGGCCAUUGACGUCGUAUAUACCACCCCUCUGAACUGUCAGCAACCUCAAACUCUACGCCAUCAUCUUUCGCAACAGAAGCCCGUUAGUCUCAGCAUGAUCAUGCGAAUCGCGAAGCAGCUAGUCCGAUCUGUUCAUUACGUUCACACUUGUGGUUUCGUGCAUAAGAAUAUCAGGCCCGAGAACAUCCUCAUCUUCCCAGGCAGCAAUAAUGGAUCAUUGGGAGAGAGCUUCCUGAUCGGUUUCACUGAGUUCCGCAACGCCAACUUCCAGACCAAUCUAUACGGAGAUGCGGCGUGGCACCGAAAUAUCUAUCGCCACCCUCAAAGACAAGGCCCCUUUGUGCUGGACAGAUACGUUAUGCAGCACGAUAUUUACAGCAUUGGGGUUUGUCUUUUGGAGAUUGCACUUUGGCGAUCUUUCGUGUGGUACCCGGCGCCCGAUGGCAGCGCGACUCCAGUACCCAGCAUGGGUCUUGGCUUUGCCUGUGACGAUAAAGACUUUGAAACCACGCAGCUGACUAGCAAGCGGCGAAUCAAGGAGCAACUAGUGAGAUUGGCUGAAGAAGAACUUCCACCACGCGUUGGGGAUACUUACAUGAGCAUCGUUGUAGAUUGUAUGAAGUGCUUAGACCCAGAUAGUGAGAAAUUCGGCGACAUCAAGGGACUUGCGGACGAGGAUGGGAUAGUGGUGGGCGUCAAAUACGUAGAACAUAUCUUAGGCCGGAUUAUGGAGAUAUCAGUAUAAAAAUAAUCAUAUUAUCAUGCCAGUG